AUGGCCCGAGAGUUGCAGGCCGAGUUAAGCCCUAUGGCCGAGUGGGCACAAAGUGGGAGCAAGGCUUCGGUCGAUGCUUUGAUGAACAGCUGGUGCACCCGGCUGGAGAGCCUUGGCUCUCUGUCGUUAGGGCAAGCCAUGCAGAUGAAGCAGACGAUCCAGGAUCUGAGCUUCGAGAGCACCCUGUCAGAACGGUUGCUUGAAAAAGUUGAAGCCAAAGUUCUGGCAACGGCCACGGCUGCAACACCGCCGCCAGAUACUACAUAUACGCCGAACAAGCGAAAGGAGGAAAGCAAGCCGCAGACCUUGCUGAAGCCGGAAAACUUCAUCACGGUCACUGAGUGGUCUAUGCUGGAAAAGUCGCCAGCACCGGCAAGGCUGGAAAUCCUUCUGAAAAGGUAUCUGCAGCUGGGCCUGAGGAACCUCACAGAACAGACGGUCAAGAAAGGCCUGGCCUUCCUCUUGGCACUGGCAGCCGGCGAGCUCAGUCAGAUGCCGACAUAUGAAGAGAUCUACGAAGAGGUCCAGGUCUUCAAGAGAUCUUGGGAAUCCGUGAAAACGGAUGCAGAGCCGACUGAGGUCGGCCUGCUCACGUAUCCCGAUGACCCCAGCAGCUUGCCGAAGGCUCUGUUCGACCGAGCCUACAAGGCUGAGGACCCGCCCAUGGGCAAAGACGUGAGGGCUGGGAUCUGGCUAGCUCACAUUCCGAUGCGAUCUACUUCCAAGCUCUUGCAGAAGAACAAGAAGCAGAGGCUGCCGAGGCCAGAUGGCCAGGCCGCCGUGUCUGAGCAGCAUGCGAACGAGUUCCAGAGCCGCAUGGAGCAGUGCUUCGGGCGACUGGAAAGAAUGCUGGACCAGGGCUGCGGUCAGAAUGCCAUCCAGGAUGGUGGGCGAAGGGAGCUGCAGCUUGCUGCAGGCGCAAGCGAGCUGAGCAGCAGCAGUGCCGGGGUCGGCUUUGCUCUGGGCAACCCAGCCCAGCCGGUUUCGGCUGCGACACAGCAGACCUCGCCAGGGCGACAGUCGGCCUUGCCGCUAGCCCUGCCUCCAGCCGAAGAACCCGAAGCAACGGAGUCGCUCCCUGCCGAGAACGAUCUCGAGGACGAAGCUUUGUUCAAGAAGCUCAAAGAUCGCAAAGCUGGGAUUCUGAAGAAGCCGGCCGCUGCAGCUGCAGCGAGUGGCCAAGGAAACUUGGCCAAGAACAAGACAAAAACGAAUGGCCAAGGCCAAGAUCCAAAGAAGAAGGGCAGCGGCAAAGGCAAAGGGAAAGUCCAAGGACAAGAGUGCUUCGAAGAAAGGCCAAGGCAAAGCAAAGGAGCAGCAAGCCCAAGGCUCGCAUGGAAAGCGGAAGUUCCAAAUUGUCUGGGAGGACGGCUGCAUCCAGAAGAACUAUGCUUCUCGCAUGUACAAGCGAGCCGGAACGUGAGGCUUCUCGGAGCAGCAAGUGGUAGAGUGCCAGCGAGAGGCCCACAGAGAGCCAUUCUGCUGUGGAAGAAGAAGAACGGCUGCUAA